AGCAGCAAUACAAACGCUCGCAGUCGCUUCUGAAAAGCGCUGUAGUCCAGUUGCAGGGCUGCUGCUGCUGCUGAGGGCUGCUGGACGAGUCAGCCGCACCGAGGCGAUACCAAACCUGCUGCACUCAGGGCGGACCUCAACGCUGCUGGAACCAAAGGAAACCAAGAUGAAAAACCCACCACUGACCGCAGGAAGGAUUUACGCUCCCAUUAAAACGUUCUCUUCAUGCAUCAGCCAGCUUUUCCUCCGCUCACGCGGCUGACUGCUGUCGUUCCCAGAUACAGCCACACAGACUGGAAGACGACAGCGUGGACGGAGUGUGAGAGUCUGGAGUAAAUUCAAACAGAUGAGUCACUUAUGAGUGACGGAUGACCUAACGAUGUCUGGAAUGGAGUCGUCCAGCAGACCAUGAAGCGAAGUGGACCAGCAGAAAGGGAGAGCGUUCUUUUCUGUACAAGUAUUGACUCAUUCAUUUGUGUUUCCAAUGACGAAAUAAUUCACAGAAGCUGGGAGCUGAGAGGCAGUGACCUAAUUCAGGAUAAAUGACGUCAGUCUGAUAAGUCGCCCUCCUCCUUACUAAGUGAUGGAACAUCAUCAGAAAUGGAUUGUUUUGAUUGAGGCUGGAGUGUGUGAGGUUACAUGAUAUUACUGAGAGUGUGAGCUUUGAUACUGCACGCAGUUAUGUUGAGGCGCGGACUGCUAACUUGGGUGUCCCGUGUGGGGGGCCUGCUGGUGCUCCUCUGCUGCUCCCUCUCACUCCUCUAUCUGAUGACCUGCAGCCCUCCACAUUCCAACAACCCUCCGCUGAGUCACGUUUUACCCCAUGCAGGGUCCAACCACCCCAGCCUUGGAGGUACAGGGCCCGUGGUCGGAGCAGGGCCCAGUGGGACAAGAGGAGGAGGAGAUGCUUCCCAAAGCCGGGGUCCGCCUGCAGCACACUCUUACCAGAUGCUCCUCCAGGAGCGCGAGGAGCAGCACCGCCUCUACAUCUCCUCCUUAAAGAAACAGAUCGCUCAGCUGAAGGAGGACCUGCAGGAGCGCAGUCUGCAGCUGAAAAGAGUGCAGGAGAGCCUGAAAACGGCUGCAAACGGACCCGCAGAGGGGCAGAACAGGGGCGCUGAAUUACAAGGGGCUGGCUUUGGAGAGGUUCAGGGGGCAAAGAGCCAGCAGUCUGACCUGCAAGAGUUCCUUCAAACUCAGCUGUCAAAAGCCGAGAUAGGCUCUGGCACCAGGUUGCCCAACGAGUACGCCGUGGUGCCUUUUGAGAGCUUCACCCUGCAGAAGAUGUACCAACUGGAAAUGGGGCUCACGCGUCACCCAGAGGAGAAACCUGUGAGGAAGGACAAGAGAGAUGAGCUGGGAGAGGUGCUGGAGGCGGCUCUGCACAGCCUCAACACACCCUCAUCACAUCAGGAUAACAGGGUGCCAGCAGAAAAGACUCAAACUAGCAAAGUCUACACAACAUCUGACUUUGUAGAAGGCAUCAGUCGUACAGAGAGGGACAAAGGGACGCUGUAUGAGCUCACCUUCAGAGAGGAGGCGAGUCACGAAUUCAGACGUCUGGUCCUCUUCCGACCCUUCGGACCUCUGAUGAAGGUCAAAAAUGAAAGGAUGGACACAACCAAUAUCAUGAUUAACAUCAUCGUCCCGCUCUCGAGACGAGCCGAUAAGUUUAAACAGUUCAUGUACAACUUCAGGGAAGUCUGUGUGCGUCAGGAUGGCCAAGUACAUCUGACCGUGGUGUAUUUUGGGAAAGAGCAGAUGAGUGAAGUCCGGAGCACUCUGGAGAACACAUCUAGGGAGACCAGCUUCAAGAACUACACACUGCUUCAGCUGGACGAGGAGUUUUCUCGGGGUCGGGGCCUAGACGUCGGGGCCCGAGCUUGGAAGGGAGGCAAUGUUCUGCUUUUCUUCUGUGAUGUGGACAUCUACUUCACCGCCGACUUCCUCAACACCUGCAGACUCAACACACAGCCAGGUAAAAAGGUGUUCUACCCAGUGUUAUUCAGCCAGUACAACCCUGCCCUCAUUUAUGGAAGUCCAGAGCACAUCCCACCUGUGGAGCAACAACUGGUGAUCAAGAAAGACACGGGCUUUUGGAGGGAUUUCGGUUUUGGUAUGACCUGCCAAUACAGGUCUGACUUUAUCAACAUAGGAGGUUUUGACAUUGACAUCAAAGGCUGGGGCGGCGAAGACGUCCACCUCUACAGAAAGUACCUCCACAGCAACCUCCUGGUCGUCCGAGCGCCGUCACGCGGCCUCUUCCACCUGUGGCACGAGAAGCAUUGCGCCGACGAGCUGCCGCCAGACCAGUACCGAAUGUGCAUGCAGUCCAAGGCCAUGAACGAGGCCUCGCAUGGCCAGCUGGGAAUGCUCUUCUUCAGGCAUGAGAUCGAAGCUCAUCUCCGCAAGCAGAAACUGCAAAACCCCAAAAAGACGUGACUCUGGACUGAGAAAGGCUAGGCACUGCAUCCAGCAGGUGAAUCAGUAUCUAAGCUUUAUAUAAUUCUGAAAGAAUUUUGGUAAAGUUGCCUAAUUUGCUGUCCUUCUCUAAACCAAAUACAAGACUCACUCUUUUAUAUCUGUACAGGAAAUGCAAGGGAACAAGAAAGAGAUAUUGUGGACUAAAAACUUAGAGAAAGAGUUUGGUUGAAAAAUUGUAUUUUUCAACCAAAAACCAUAUGCAACAUGUGGUUUAGGUACGUCUUUACUUGGUCCUAUGAAAUAAUACCACCAGCUAUUUGCAUUUUUUUUAAUUGUCCUUUAAAUUAAUGUUCAACAAGCACAGUUAACUGAUCUCAACCAUAUGAUGUAAAUCGCAGCUAAAAAGUAAAGGAAGUGUCAAUCUUCUUCAGAUGAAGACUUCAGAUUUGAUUCUAUAAAAGUCUGGAAACAUUUAAUUAAAAGUGAGAAACAUGCAUUUAUGGGUCCAGUGAGUAGUUUAAAUGUACUCAUCGUGGGCUUUUAGCCUGAUAAUACAAUGUGAAACUUCUAAUUUGUUGAAAGUUUGAAUUUAUUGGGUAUGUUAUCUGAUUCACGCAGUCAAAAUUAGACACACAGGCUCAAGAAUAGACAUGCACUUCUAUAAAUAUUUGCAUAAAUGCCCAUUUGCAAGUUUCAAUUCCACCAUACGCUUUUUUAACAGGCUUUUGGCAACACUGAUUUGUUUUUCUUCAGAAAUGGUGGAGAUUUAAAUAGCUUGGUUUUCUGGCUCAGCUUUUAAUCAUAGUUCAAGCCAGUUUUGAUUUCUAUGUGGGACCUUUGACUUGUUGGAACGUGGAAUCUUGUCCGAGGUAUGGGUGUGAGUUUACGAAUAAGGAGGUAGACACCUUCCACUAUUCUAGCCAUACUUUGGCAAAUUACCCCCUGAUAGCUUGAUACUACCACCACCAUGCCAGGUGUUUUAUACACUGCUUAUGUUUGAAAGUCUAAAGUCACUGUGACCAAACAGUCCAUCUUUGCCUCUUUUUGCAUUUGGUUUGUCCAUGUGGGCAGCUGCACAUUUCUGCCUUGCUCAAGUUUGAAAGUCUCUAUUGAAAGUCUCUAUUGUGGAGAAGUUUCUUUUUCUUGUUUCAUGUUCUCAUUCUCGGAUUUUCCAAGAGAACCGUGAUCCAAAAUGCACAUCCAAGGCAAAAUUUCAGAUGGAUAAAGCUAGCUACCAGUAAGUCUCUGGAAUUGCUGCAACCUUAUUAAAACAUAACCCAGAAAACUAACCAAUUUAAACAACAAUUUCUGAUAAAAGAGAGGGUACAAAUAGUUUCUUGCUGGUUACAAUAGCAUAUGGUUUUGCUGCAGCUUACAAAACCACAUUAUCCAGAUACUAGUGGAAGUGGUUUGUUUUUAGUAAACAUUGAAAUUGUAUACUUCAUAGUUUCUCUAUUCUGUAAAAAGAGCAAUUCAAAUGCUUCGCUAAAAAACUCAAAAUGAAUGUAACAUUAAUGUCCAUAAUUGUACGUAAACUUCUGUACAGAAUCAUAUUAAUGUCUGUGUGUAUGAGAGCUAUUAUAAGUUUUUUUUUUAAUGCAACUGUGAGCCGUAAUACAUCUCAACUAUGUGCCUUAUGUAAAUAAUGUCAGAUCCGUCCGUUUUUCAUAAUCAGUGAAAGUUUAACUUGCACUGAAGUUUUUUACGUGUGUAAAUAGAGCCACCCACUGGUUUGAAAAUGAAUAACAUGCUAUCAGUGAAGGACUCUUUUAAAGUCUGUCUUGUAAAGUUUUACAUAAAUUAUUCUUUCAGUUGCCUUUGCUUCUGUAUUUAUAAUUGUGUUCUGUACAUGUGAAGUCUUAGAAUUUUUAUUUUAUUUUUUGCCUGCUUGGACAGUAUUACAUUCAGCUUAUUCUAGCCUUAUUGGCGCCCCUGUUUUAAGAUGGGGCAAAAAAGCCUAUAAAUUAUUUUAUUGCGGUAAAAUUAUAUACUGAACGUUUUGGGGAGACUCGAGCUUUAAUUUGAGUAUAAUUGCUGACAUUUCUAUUGACUUUUUUUCUUUUUUUUUUACAAAAUUAUUAUUGCUUCCCCUAUUAGCGCCCCUACUGCCUCGUAUUUGCACAACCUCCUUUCUCACAAUGGAAAAGCAUUUCUCAUGUAACAUUUCACAAGGUCAGAGAAAACAGAGACAAAACUCUUAGAACAUUCUUCUUUACAUAAGAGUCCUUGGUCCUUAUGCCGUCUUCUCGGUGAAAUGAAGAGAAAUAAGAUUAAGGUCUGUGGACUAAGAUAGCCAUAGAAAGUGAUUAAUGGCUGACUGGAGCUUUUCCACGUUGGUUUUUCGGUGUGUUUUAGAUCACUAUCCUGCUCUACAAUCUACUGUCAACCCAGUUCAUUUGUGUGGCACAGGCCAACAUCACUGCAUCAUCCCCUCCACCUUACAUAAAAACAUCAACACACAUGUGCCUAACUCAAAUUCAAUGUUCUCCUCUUUUUCCUGUUUUGACAAGGGGAUAGGAAAAAUUUACCUGUUUUCCAUCAUCUAUCCCAGGAAAACGGGAAAUCAAAAUGGCUUUACUUGAAAAGUAAAAUAAAUGCUACAUUUAUUCUAUGAACAUUUUUUAGGUCUGACAAUAGCAGCUCCAGUGAUGGUGCUGCUGCUAAUAAUGCUAGAAGUUAGAUUUGUUUUUUGUCAUUAUUAUUGUUUUUUAAUUUAAUAUACCUUUCAUCGCUCAUCUUUACCAUCAGUACCAAUAGGCAUGGAUGUGAGUGUUGACUCUUUAAGAUCAGACAAAGAAACUCAGACCUGCUGUGUGCGCCACAUAAAUUAGUUUGUAAACCUUUUACAGGGAAGUGUUGACGUUUGGUGAAUUUAUGUUGACAACGACUUAACAAGUCAGAGCAAUUUAUUUUUAAUAUCGAUCAAGAGGAGUUUUUUGUGCAAUAGGGAAGUAAAUUAUGAUUAGUAGUAGUAAGCAAUCAUUUAUUUAUUUUGAUGUAUUUGGCGUGAAAGAUUUUUUUUAGCAUCCUUGUGCAGCACUUAAUAAUGAAACAAAAGGACUGGCAAUCAUUUACUUUUUUGCUGAAAUACUUUUGUUUCUCAACAGUCAUUAGGUCAUUUUGUCAGAUUGGUUUUGUAACUUUGUGUAAAUGAGUUGAAUAAACAUUUAUGCAUUGUGAAGGCUUUUUUUCAUAUGUAAUACACGGUUGAUCUGUAUUUUUCCAAGGGCAAAAACUUUGUUCCUCUGCAAGAACAUAAAAUAAAACCUGACUAUGAUUCUGA